AUGCCUAGACCACUGGAGUUGGAGGCAAAGGCAUGUUGGCCCAAGCUUGCGGUCUCAAAGCAAAACGUUGGAGCUGGAGGCCGUUCAUUUGGGCAGCUGGGCAUAGUGAACUGUGAUAAUGGUUUUUCUGGAGUUUGGGGUUGCCUACUGGGGUCCAAAAACAAGCUGAAGCCACCUGUCAUUGUAACCAAAGAAAACCCAAACGUGCUUCAAAGCCAUGUGUUGGAAAUUGAAAGUGGCAGUGACAUUGUUAAGAGCAUAGCCACCUUCGCGAACCGCCGAUGUCAAGGGGUAUCAGUACUUAGUGGAAGCGGCGUUAUGAGCAACAUCACACUCCGACAACCGAUGGCACUUGGCGAGGUAAUUACACUGAAUGAAAGGUUCAAGAUAUUGUCCCUCUCUAGGGCAUUCUUACUGGUGCCUUCACUGCCAGGAGCCACUGGGCUAACUGUGUAUUUAGCCGACAAACAAGGGCAGGUAGUUGGGGGUACAAUGGUAGGUUCUCUGGAGGCUUCGGGGCCCAUGAUGGUGAUCGCGGUAACAUUUGGCAAUGCCACUUACAAGAGGCUACUAUUGAAGGAAGAGGCGGGUGGUGAGGAAACGCAGGCGACGCAAACAGGAGUCAAUGCAAGAAGUACAUGA